AUGAACCCCAUACAUAACCAGCCACCACAGGAGGCCGGCGAACCCUCCUCCAUCCCCCCAUUUGAUGCUAUAAGCAAAUACCUCUCGCUCCCAACAAACGACCAAGAACAAUGGUGGCAUCAAACAGGCUCACUCCUGGCCCGAAUGCUACAGUCAGCCCAGUACCCACUCGACCAGCAAUACCAGUACCUCACGUUCUUCGAAAGACAAGUCUCCCCCCGUCUAGGGCCAUACCCAUCUCGAUUCCGCUCCAGCGUCACAGUCAGCGGGCAGCCCAUCGAACUAAGCGUGAACUACCAGCAGCGCGGAGGCACGCGGCCCAUCGUGCGCAUCGGGUUCGAGGCAAUGGAUUCAUACUCUGGCAACCGUGAGAUAGAUCCCUUCAAUCAGCUCCCUGCAUCGGAUGUCGUCAGGGGGCUAUCGAGACUGGGGCUGAAGGGGUUCGAUCCGCACCUAUUUACUUACUUCGGUUUCAAACAUACCCUUACCAAGGAAGAGAAAGCCCGGAUAGCUAAACCUGAGUUAGCCAGUAGGGUCCAUUUGAAAUCGCAGUAUGGGUUCGGUCUCGAUUUGAAGAACGAUAGUGUCGUUGUUAAGGGAUAUACCUUCCCGGGGUUGAAGACGAUAGUAUCCGGGCAGAGCAUGAGCGGACUGAUCACCGACUCGAUCAGCCAGCUUCAACCGCCAAACGCAAACUGCGUCGAUGCCUGGGAAGCGGUAAAGGGCUACAUGGACGAGACGAAUGGCUUCAAUGAGUUCCAUGUUUGGUCCUGGGACUAUGUUGACCCUUCUGCGUCCCGACUCAAGUUCUACUCGGUAUCCCCUGAGCUCACGUGGCGCAAGGUUGAAGAAGUAUGGACGCUGAAUAGACGCAUUGCAAAUGAUCUUGCGAAUAUUCAAGGCCUAAAGCAUCUGCGUCAGUUGUGGGAUAUCAUCCAGCCCGGCGAUUCGAAAAGAGAAGUUCUAGAGGACCGUCCGGCGCAUGUUAAGCAGAAUGAGACACCGCUGCUGUGGAACUAUGAAAUGACGCCUGGAAGUCCGAUCCCGUGUGCUAAGCCGUAUUUCUCGCUGCAUGGGAUUAAUGACCUAGCCUGUGUUGAAAAAUUGGCUAGGUUCUUUGAGGCUGUUGGGUUGAAGGAUAUGUCUGCUUCUUAUCCUGGAAUUGUCAAGGCGUACUUUCCUGAUCACGAUCUGGCAAAAACUUCGCAUCUGGUAAUGUGGGUGUCGUAUGCAUAUUCGGAGAAGACAGGGGUCUAUCUGAGCGUCUAUUACCAUUCUUCUGGAGAUGUGCCGGCCCCUUCUCUAUAA